AUGAAAAUUACGGAUUUGUUCAUGUACAUUUUUCGUUUACCUCAUUAAUUAAUUAGGUGUUAUGAUAUCAUCACGUUGUGCUGUGCGUUUAAUUGUGGUUAAUCGUUUUAGAGCGGUGCCAAAGCGCACUUGUAAAUUAGGAAGUGCUUGUGUAUAUUUUGUAAAACACACAAUGCUAGUAAAAUUAUUUUUUUGUUUUUUCGCAACAUUCUGCAUUGCUAGCCAAUUUGCACCUGAAGAAAAUCCAUAUUUGCGGGCCGUAAAUGAGAAUUAUUUAGCACAAAACUCCAUACACGACUAUGUAGAAGUUCGACCAGGUGCACACCUUUUUUAUUGGUUUUUUUACGCGGACGGGACGAAGAAAGACGCAUCUCGAAAGCCUCUUAUAAUAUGGGUCCAAGGAGGUCCUGGUUUUGCCGCUAGUGGCGUAGGUAAUUUUGGCGAAUUCGGCCCCCUGACGAUGGAUAUGCAACCAAGGAAUCAUACUUGGGUAAAAGGAAGGAAUUUAUUACUUAUUGACCACCCCGUAGGCGCUGGAUUUAGUUACGUCACAAGUAAAGAUCUUUUUGUGAAAACAGAUCAACAAAUGGCAAUUGACCUCUCACGAGCUAUUAAACAAUUUUUCAAAAAACACAAAGUUUUCCGAAAAACUCCUGCGUAUGUGAUUGGUCAGAGUUACGGCGGUAAAUUGUGUCCAAGAUUAGCGGUUUAUUUAUAUACGGCUAUCAAGAAAAAGAGUUUAAAAAUGAACUUUAAAGGUAUCGGUAUUGGAGGUGGUUGGGUCAAUCCUAAAGAGAGCACUUUAGUAACGCCACGGUUUCUUUAUCAUACCGGAGCAAUCGAUCGAGAUUUAUAUCUGAGCUCUUCACGCAUAGCUCACGAAUUGAUAAGUUUGAUGGACAAAAACGAUUAUAUUCAAGCACACGAAGUGGACUUCAUGCUCUUCAAAAAGCUGAACGAAGACGAAUUUCUAAACUUCAAUAAUAUUUAUGGUCUCAGCCCUUACCCGGCAUUGGUGAAACUUAAUCUCUAUGUAAACCAAUAUGUUAAGCCGACAUUAAAAUUGGUGAAUCAAACAAUUAAUUGGCUAUACUUAAAUACAGAUGUUUAUGAUAGUUUAAAAGGAAGUCUUCUUGUUCCGUCUUUCUCGUUUUUGGAGAAAAUUUUGAGCAAGACAAAUUUGAAGGUUGUGAUUUACAACGGAAACUUCGACGUGGUUACUCCGUUAGCAGGUGCUUCAAACUGGGUUCACAAACUGAACUGGCCUCUUAAAGAGAAUUUCACGAAGGCGGUACGACAUCACAUACGGGGCACAAAUAAUGGAUAUUAUAAAGAAAUGGAGCAACUUAGUUUUUGGUCUGUCUUUCGUGCCGGACAUUGGGUUCCAGAAGAUAACCCCGAAGCCAUGGAACAUAUUUUAAAAUAUCUCCUUACUGAGAACAAUUAGAUUAAUUUAAGAUCGAUUUACGAACCUUUAGCUCGAGGUACUUAUAAUUUAGAGAUUUAUAAUUUAGAAAAGUCAUUAUUAGACGUAUAUUCCAUUGUACAGUUUUAUGUGUAAUGUAAAACUAAUGAAAAUUAUUUAUUGUAUUCUACUUUUCUUUUUUUUUCUAAUAUUGUAAUAAAAAUAUAUAGAUAAAAUGAAAUAGUUACAAAAUAAUGUUCUAUGUCGCUCAAGAUGCACGGUCAAAUGAUAAAACUCACUAACGUUAUUUGAAUAUUGAUUUCAAUUUAUUGUUUAACGAAUUCAACAAAAUUAUAAAAUUUUAUGUACAAUAUUAAACACAGAUUACAUUUAACGUGAACAAAUAUAUUUAAUAAUAAAAAAUACAAUUUCUAUAUGCACUACGCCUUAUAAUCUAUAAAAUGUAAGCCGACAGAAUGGAUUUUGAACCCAAAACGGGCUCUCAAAUAUUCGUGUGAAAUAUAAAAUUCAAUCAAAAAAUGACAACGCUCAGCUAUUGUGGAUUUAAUAGCAUUUGACUAUUUUAUAAGUUACUUACUUAAUUUAAGCAUUUGUUUAGGACACACCACGACAAUUAAUGAAAUUAUGUCCUCUAAACGAGGCGACCAUGUGGGCAUACGGUGUAGUAAAUGCUACAACAUAUUUUGUUCCUUCGAGUCAGAUUGAUGACGUCCACGAGCAGCGGUGACCACUGACGAUCAUUAGUAUGUUUCGUCUAUCCAUCCAAUGUAAAAAAAAAACACAAAUAACACGCUUGUCUGAUUUAUU